AUAGGCCAGGCCUGGCCCGGGCCCGGGGGGUGGGGCGUGGGGCGUGGCGGCCCGGCGUGAGGAGCGAGACAGUGGGGGAGGGGUCGCCUCUCUCGCCGUGGGACCGAGCGCGUGGAGGGGGCCGGGGGCGCCCCUCCCCCUCGGAGUGGAGCGCGCGGGGCCAGGGCUGGGAGCCCGGGACUCUCCGUGUGGGGGAGGGGGGAGUCUGUGACACUGACACAGGACCUGGGAGGCUGCCAGUCUUGCCCCUGUCGCAGGGGCCGGGGCCUGGCCCGUGUAUCUGCUGGUGAGGGUGAUGCUAGGCCCCUGCUGCUGCUCUCCAGACUACUACCGAGCGUCCCCGGCGUGUGAGGAGAGGAGACACGUCCCAGGAAAUAACCCAGAUGCCCAUCCUGCUCCCUCGCACCAAGUCCCGAGGGGCUGCAGUGGCAGAUGAAAAGAUCAAUUUAUUCAGUUGCAUCAGGGAGUUGAUCCUGUGCGAUGUUUAUAGAGAGGGUCCCUACUUAACGCUUUAGGGGAAGGCACAGCCCAGCACAUCUCUCAGAAGGUCUCUGUGCGGAUGAAUGUGAAUCACAGUAGCCACAAAACUAAUCCUAUUUUUUUCUAGUGCCAGCUCCAAAUCAGGCUCCAAGAAAUAACUCAAAUACAGUAUUUCAUUAUUCUCUUCCCCUCUCCCCACCCCUUAUGCCUCACAAUAUGUCCCGAAUCUCUGUUUGCCAGACACUGGGAAUAGGCAACGGGAUGGAUCACUUGAUGAUUACCUGUUCUGUUUAUUCCUUCUAGGGUGACUAGAUGUCCUGAUUUUAUAGGGACAGUCCCAAUUUUUGGGCCUUUUUCUUAUAUAGGCUCCUAUUAACACCCCACCCCAUCCCGAUUUUUCACAUUUGUUGUCUGGUCACCCUAAGUCCCUCUGAGGCACCUGGCAUUGGCCACUGUUGGAAGACAGGGUACUGGGCUAGGUGGACCUCUGGUCUGACCCAGUAUGCCCAUUCUUGUGUUUAUGCAGUAAAGGACAUUUACAGUUUGAAGGUAUCUGCUGUUUAAUCUACUAUAUAUUUGAGGAACUGUUGCAGUAAGAAUUUGUUUCUGUAUCUACUACACUUCUCCAGUCUCUGCACUGCAGUACUUUCCAGUAUAAUUAAGACAUGUACUUGUGAAAUGCUACACAUUUGACUGUAAAGUAUCUAAUUGCCCAAAUGACAUAAAUGUCAUAAAUGCUAAUUGGCAGUUACACACAAAGACCACUUUGUAGGGGAACUCAAUGAAAACUUCUUGCUGCAAGCUGAUAGAAGAAUUUCUUAGGGUAGUGAUUGUGACUUGACUAAUGCUUUAUGCAGAGACUUAGAAAACUUCAGUCAGUUGUACUGAUACAGAUCUGCUGGUGUAAGAGACCCUAAAAAUCCCAGUCAGGACAACUUAUAUCCAGUUAAAAACUGAAAGUCAAUGAGCUAAUACAAACUUAUUUCUCUUAGAUUUACUGUUUGCAGUUUAUUGGUGGCACAGCUCUAUAACUGUCAUCAUCAACUGACUUAUGUGCAAAAGCUUCUUCUAAUAUUAUUUAAUACUGUUUUGGGGCAUAAAAAUAUGACAUGGUCUAGUAAUCUGAUUCUAGGAUAGAGAGACAGGAACUCCUGAACGCUAAUUCUGGCUCUCAUACCAAUUCCCAUUGUGCCUGUGAUUGAGCCACUUAGCCUCUCUGUGCCAUAAUUUUCCCACCUGUUUAUUAGGGAUAAUACAUACUAUGUAAACACUGAUAGUAUGGGGAUUAUUUGUUGUGUGUGUUUUUUUGGACAGACUUCCUGCUAACUAAUGUCAGGAGACAGUGAUUGUACCCGAACAAGCCCAUCCGUGGGGUCUCCAUCAGAUAAUGAGUUCCUGCCAGAUCGGCCAAGGUAUGUGUGCUCACUGUCUCCUGACCUUAUUGCCAAGGCUCGUGAAGAGCUGCAGGAGAAACCUGAAUGGAGGCUUCGUGAUGUACAAGCCCUCCGAGACAUGGUGUGUAAGGAUUACCCUACUCUGGGCACGUGUCUGGACGAUGCUUUCUUGCUAAGGUUCCUUAGAGCCAGGAAAUUUGAUUAUGACCGAGCGCUUCAGCUUCUGGUGAACUAUCACAGCUGCAGGAGGAGCUGGCCCGAGGUCUUCAAUAACUUGAAACCAUCUGCAAUUAAGGCUGUCCUAGCAUCUGGCUUUGUCACUGUGCUGCGUUACCUGGACACUGAGGGACGCCACAUUGUCUGCAUUCGUCCAGACAGAUGGACACCAAGUAAUUAUCCAAUUACUGAGAACAUUCGUGCCAUAUACUUAACAUUAGAAAAACUCAUUCAGUCUGAAGAGACCCAAGUGAAUGGAAUUGUAAUCCUUGCAGACUACAAAGGAGUCAGCUUAUCUAAGGCAUCUCAUUUUGGUCCUUUUGUAGCCAAAAAAGUGAUUGGAAUUCUUCAGGAUGGUUUUCCCAUUAGAAUCAAAGCUGUCAAUAUUAUAAACGAGCCUCGCAUAUUCAAAGGAAUUUUUGCCAUCCUCAAGCCUUUUCUGAAGGAAAAGAUAGCAAACCGGUUUUUUCUUCAUGGCUCUGAUUUGAAUUCUCUUCAUCAAAACCUUCCACAAAGGAUCCUUCCUGAAGAAUAUGGUGGAACGUCAGGAAAACUGGACAUCGCUGCCUGGAAUGAGUUGCUGCUCGCCUCGGAAGAGGAUUUUCUGCAUGACUUCUCUCAGCUGGUUCUCCCAGGUGACAGCUCACCAUCUGAAGCUCUAGUAAGUGGAGAUGCUGAGGAGAAGCAGAGUGAAGAGCCUCUGCGAGGCAUGAAACCUCAACUCUACUACUGUUAUUAACAAAGCAGUUAAAGGAAGCUUCCUUGCACAGUCAGUCUAGAUGCCUUCUCCUGUUCUGAAAGGAAUAAGAACACAGUGGGGUUAUGAACUCUUCCUUACUCCUAAACUUCCAGUUCGUGAGCAGAGUGCUGAGGCAUUUUACACUGUGGAACCAAAGCAAGUUAAAGUGGGUGAGAUGGGGGCAAGGCAGAGUUCUCUUUGGAAUCUAGGCAGGACACACAAUUCCCAAGCCACCUCAAGUAUUAAGGUUUGUUAAUCUCAGUGUGAAAGAUGCCAUCUAGCAAAUUCCUCUUAAUAGUAGUGAGAGAAAAAAUAUCUCAUUAGAGUGAAUAUCAUAAGAGUGUCUUUCAGGGUAAAAGUAGCAGAAAAGAUUUGCUAGUUUGGCAAUCAUCAGAAAAUAGCAUCAUCACUGCACCCUGCAAAGUGAAGCUCUGUCAGUGGAGAUUGUCAGAAAUGUCCAAUUCACAGUCCUGGACCUAAUACCUGGUCCUGUCUGUGUAGUAGCAUGUUCCAGGAGUAUCAGAAUGCAUACUGGAGCUUCUCCCUGAUAUUUUGCACACUCUGCGUGUGUGGAAUUUCUAACAGAUUUGCCCUUUGGAUUUGAAAGGAGAAAGUUACCAUAACUUUGUAAACAAAUUCCACUUCAAAAAAAUUGAGCCUUUCAGAUCAUGGAUUGCGUAGCGUUUUUUCCAGAAAGAUGCAUCUUUGAAUAUUAACAAUAUAGACCACCUGAGAAGGAAUGAGGUCAUUCACUCAUAUUCAGCAUGGCUUAGAUAGAAUCAGUUGCUCUUUCCUUCAGCUGGUCACUUUGAUGCCCUGCCUUACUUUUCAACUUCCCCAAGUAACUUAAAUAGAACCUAUGUGGAAAGAGUGUGUAGCAGAUAGCAUCCACAGAAGGCAAUAUUAAGUAAGAGAUAGCACGGUAGUUCUUGAGCUACGUUACUUUGGAUAGAAUUUUUGAAUCAGAGUCGUCAUAAACCAAAUGCAGAUGUAUAUUUUUAAGAAUGUUCAGAGUUGUUGUAUUGCAGUUGUUCUCUGUUCACGUCUGUCCUGGUUUAAGUAACAGUGUUGCUAUUUGUCAUCCCCUUCUCUCUGGAUGGCAGCUUCUUUUGUAAAGUUUAGACUUUGGUCAGUUCUGUAGGGCUUAACCUAAGCUUAUGUGUUCCAGUGCUUUAGAUCCUUAGUUCUAAUGUCAAAUGAGGUUAACAUGUCCUGCAUCUGUGUAGGCUCUUCCCCAAGUUCAUUUGUGUCAUGAUAUUGAAUUUUAAAUGAACUCUUUGCACAUGUCAUGCACUAUAUAAAUGGUGCAAAGGCGAAACCUCAUUACAGCCAGGAAAGCACACCCCGUUAUUUAAAAGGGUAUGUCAGUGGACAAGAACACUGAUUAUAAUCACACACCUCAUCUUUAUAGCACUUUUAAAAUGCCUGGAAUUUCUUUUUGGCGGGUGGGGGGAAGGAGAGAGGUUGGGAGUGUGAAUCUUUUUACUGAGUGCCAAGUGGGAAACAGGGACCGGUUAUCUUACUGUAAAUAUAAAAUGUAUGGUCUCAAGGAGUUGGACCAUCCUUUUCUCUGAGUGCCAAACUGUGCUUGUUUGAAUGUCUCUUCCUAGAUUACACCAUAGCAUGACUUUGUUGCCAAAAGAGUUUGGGAAGGAAUAGAUUAGGGAAGUCACAGCUCCCUGGCCUGGUAAAAUUCUAGCUCUUUUAUUUAAGCAAUAGAAGAGUGGGACUGGGUUUUGAAUGGAAUAAAGUCUAACGCUUUUUCCACUUAGCAGUUCAUACCUCCAGUGAGGACAAGAAGUUCAUAUCCUGUCACUUGAACAGAAAGACUUUAGCAGACCACUUUUACUGUUGUGUAGGAUGCUGGAGAGCUGGCAGGAAUCUAUUGAGAGAGAAUAUAGCUUUCUUCUUUCCUUCCCCUUUUUAGGUAUGAAGGAUAGUAGGAGAAACUCUUCUGCCUCUAACAUCAAUGCAUGACAGCCUAUGCCCCUUUUAUACUAGUCUUAAUUUUCAUGAGGGAAAGUAUUUUUAGGUGAGAAAUAUCAUUCCUGUCAUAAACCAUGUCCGCCCCCAACUUUUGUGCAGACCAGGCAAAAAUGCAGUGCUGGCUAGUGUCUCUUCAUUUGAGCAAAACUUUCCUCUGAGCUACUGUGCCAUGCUUAACCUUCAUGUUGCUUGCCUUUACUGUGGAGAUAAAUCCAGCUCUUCUUCCACCUCGCAAAAUAAUCGGAAGGUGGCAUAGCUUUGCUUAAAACCAUAAUUGUCAACCCACCUAACUGCCGAAAAUGUGUUGGGGUGUCUUGGAUGGUUUGAGUGAUUGCUGACUACUAAUUUCCCUCUGUCCCCUACCAAAAAUUUAAAAAAACCUCCAGGAUACAGCAUUUGUCUUUGAACUGGUUGCAUGGCAGGCUUUACUCUUCCUCUUUCACUGUUGGGUGGUUUCUCCUUUACGGCUACCUCUACACUGCAUUUCUCCCUAGCACUAGUGUAAAAAGCAGCACAUCUGAUGAAUACUCCUUAGGCGAGGAGAGGAAGGACAUGCCUAAAGCUGGUGCAUAUGUAUCCUACUUGCCCACAUGGUGCCACCCCACUCACUGCUAUUUUUAGCAGUGUAGUGUCCUGCUCCUGGAGUCUUUCCCUAAAGCAGUGACAGGCUUUGGCACGGAGGAACUACCAUAGCCUAUCCUUGGCAUGUGUAGCUGCACACCAGCGUGGAUGCAGCCUGCUUUUCUCUGUGGCACAUAGCUACCUCUGCUCUGCUAUGCCACCAGCGUGCAGUGUAGACAUAGCCUAAGUGGAGCUGCUCUCAACCAGUUUGGUAACUGCUGAAGAGGAAAAGCUCCAUGUUAGAAAACUUAGCUUCCUCUUUAAAAAGGACUUGUGGGUAGGAAGUCUCCAGCAACCAGGGCAACACCUGAUUUUUUUUCAAUGCUUUUGCACUGUGGCCUGCCUUAAAAUAUGAUAACCAGACUAGAUUUCAUGUGUAGCCUCAAGCCAGGUCUUCCUUGGAAGAAAAAUUGACAGUCUGUUGUACUUUAUCCUUAAACAAAAUAGCUUUGCUCAUCUUACUUGUAGAUGGAGACUUAAGUUUUCCUCUCAGCAGAACUUUUGUUUGAGUUGUUAAAGACUCUUUGGAAUCUAGCUUUUAAGUUCAUUAUAGCUCUAUCAUCAGUAAUACAGCACAAGUAGACAAAGCCAGUAUGUUAUCCAUUACUCUCAGCUAUAACUUUUCUUAAUUCCCUCAUGGGGGGCCAAUGCUUUCCUUGUCUUCCUAGCGAAAGUGUAGACUUUCACAAGAUGAACUACAGCUUAACAUCUGGAAGCUGUUAAUAUUUUGGUACCUAAAGCACUAAUUAAAAAACAAACUUUGUAGAAAAGUUGAGCUGUCAAGCUCUUUAAUGAUUGGCAGCCCUUUUGUCUCAGCGGCAGGUAGCACAUUUGACAACAGGCCCGCAGUUCUAGUUACUCCUUAUCUUUAAAGUAGAAGGGAAGGAAGAGCAAUGGAGUUAGCUCAAAAAAAAUCCCUUUCAGUAUUAGAAUUAACAAUCUGGCUGUUUCAACUAAACUUUUCUAAAAAUCAGUUCCAUGGGAAGCUUGCUGAGUAAGGACAAUGUCAGAAGUAACAAUUCUGGCUAGGCAGUAACUGAGAGGAAGGUGCUUAAACUGCCUUGGGCGACCUGGACUGUCUCACAGGAAGUGUGACAACAGUUAAUUGCAUACUGUAAAUAAAAUACUUGAAUUUAUACUAGGGCAAAUAGGUGUUAUAUAUACAGAGGUCUUUUUUCAGGGAAUGAGGGUGUUUUGGCACAAGUUCUGUAAUAUACAUGAUUGUUCAAAUGAUUAUUUUGCUUUUUGGUUUAAGUGGACCUAAAGUUGUUGGGUUUAAUAUACAUCUGUUAUUUUGAUAAAAUGUUUAUUUUUAUAUGGCCUUUUAUAAAAUGGAGUGGUCAAAGUAUGUACUUUUAUUAUGCAUGACUGGGUAUUAAAUAAUUCUACCAUAA